UAUUCUUUGAGGAAGAACAAAAUAAAUAACUACAAAUGAUAAGAGGCGCUACGCUGCAUCAGUGCCAAUUCAAGCUGUCACGCAACGCGGCUAUAAAGUCCUAUCUGCCUUCGGCGUUAGUGCGUUAAAUUCCUCCAUCGACGUGAAUUGACGACAAGCAUAUUGGGAAUAUUGGGAAAUCAACGUGGGAAGUCAUCAUAUUUAUAAAAAAAAAAAUUGCGGUUUAUUAUUGGUUGUAAAUAAAAAUUUUAAGAAUAAAUUUUAUGAUAUUCGAAAGCUAAUACAGCAGAGUAUUCACAAACACAGUUUUUACAGAAAACGGAAAAUUGAUUUUGUUGUAGCUUUUGAAGGAACGGGUUCUUCGGCUUUGGUGCACAUUGUUUGUCAGCAGGGGCAAAAGGUAGUUUUGCGUAAUUGGCUAAAACAAUAAAAUUUGUUGGCCAAAAUAUUGAACACUUUAUUAAGGUUUUAAAAGAACAGUGAAAACGGCAACUGUGUCCAUCUUGCAGUAAAAUGUCUAGCUUUCGCAAACGACAUGUUCAAAAACCUAUACCAGGGACAAGAACAAGUCCACAAACUGGGCAGAUAAUAACUUCUAGUGGCAAUCCCUCAUUUGAUGUAAUUGUAGGUGGUGGUUUACCUGUGGGAUCUGUCUGCCUAAUUGAAGAGGACAAAUAUGUUACAUUCUCAAAGGUCUUAUCAAAGUACUUCGUAGCCGAAGGAGUUGUUUCGGGGCAAUCAAUCUUAUUAGGAAGCUUAGACGAUGACCCGAAAGAAAUGAUGCUCAAAUUGCCGAAGCCACUCAACGAUGACGAAGAUGACAGUGAAAGGACUCCUGAAAAAGAGGAUUCCCCUAAAAACGGUUUACGCAUUGCCUGGCGUUACAAUGAUCUUCCACCUGUAAAUUCAGAGCAAACGCCUAGUAAAAUCGGCCACAAUUUUAAUUUAAUGGAAUACAUGGAUAAAAAUUUAUUAGACUUUGUUGAUACGCUAUUUUGGAAUGGAAAAGCCGAUUCAAACGAAGAUAAUGGCGACAAUUACGAUUUAAAAACUGAAAAUAUGUCAUUGGAAAAUGACUUCAAUUUGCCAUCUAAGGAAGAUAUAGAUCAAAAUACUACUAGUAGCAGUUGUGGGAAUAACACUAGUUGUAAAGAAGUUGAUUCGGAACAAGAAAGAAUGAAUGCUGCCGCUACUCUGCAGUCUAGAAGAACAACCAUAGGCAUUCAAAGUAUAACUAGCAAUACCGCUGAUAUUCAACAUAAAUCUACUACGUUAAAUGUGGAUAAUAAUAAUAUAGCACCGAAAAAGGAAAACGAAAGUGUUCAAAAAAUAUUUACUAACGCAAAAUAUCAGCGAUUCCUCAAUUUAAUUCAGUCUUUUGCUAAAGAGGAAAAAUUUACCACGAGUACAUUAGUCUACCGCAGCCUUUGUCGUAUUUGCAUAACAUCACUAGGUUCCCCUCUGUGGUACGAUGAGGAUUUCUCCAAAAAUAUUUUAAAAUUUUUAACAAUUUUAAAAGGAAUAGUCAGGAACUCUAUAUCAGUAUGUUUUAUUACAAUGCCAAUGAAUUUAAUCGCCAAAUGUGAUGCGACGCUUGUCCCGAAGAUACGAAAUCUGGUUGAUUAUGCAAUUGAACUAGAAUCCUUUAGCGGUUCAGAAUACGGGACAAAUCCUGGCUUCAAAGAGUACAACGGCCUUAUACACUUGCGCAAAAUUACAGCAGUUAACACACUCACUGCCUAUAUUCCGGAAACAUACGACUUAGCUUUCAAAUUGCGUCGAAAGAAGUUUGUAAUUGAAAAGCUUCACUUGCCCCCAGAUUUAGAGGAAAAUGAUUCAGAAAAUAGAAACAAAUUCAGUUGCCAUGCUAAUGUUCCAGCCAAUACUGGGUCAAUUGAUUUUUAAACAGAUAUUUCCUGAUAGAAGUGAAUGAGUUCUGAAUAUCCAUAUAUGCAUAUUGCUAGGGAUUUCUAUUUUGAAAAUGUUAUACAAUUAAAGCAUCAAACCUUUCGAAUCAUCAUCUAUAUACAAUGGUUAAAUUAGUAUGAAGAAUUAACAAAGUAACAGUUUAAAUUUCUUUUGUAAUGCUUCGAGAAGAACACUUAUGGAAUUUAGGUGUAACUCAAAUCCUUGAAUUCGAGUUAAAGAUAUAUAAAUAUGAAAUAAACGAAAUUUAAAUAUUUAUUUUAAAAGAGCUUGGA